AAUAUUGCAAACUUUUCUGAUGUAACAUACGCAAUUCAGAGUAGUGCUACUUUAAUAACUACAGUGGUGGCUCAUUUGAUUUGUGUAACAAAUUCCAAGGAAUUUUCAGAAUGCCAAAAUACACACUCAAUGAAUUUGGCUGUUUUUAGUUUUAAAUAUACAGUGCAUGCUUUCCAGUUUCAGUUAUUAAUUUAAUUGAGAACAUUGGCCAAAACUGUCUCACGUGGGUGCCUAAAAUUAGGCAGCUAAAGAAAGUGGUUUGAUUUCCUAAAGUGCUGGGCACUUGCUUUGUUAAUGCUGCUGCUCCAUGGGAAGCAAUGGGAGAGGGCUUUUGGCUAAUCUCACAUAAUUAAAUUUAGGGGCUGCUCUUUGCCUAGAUUUUCCUCUGCUCACACUUAUCCUUACUCCUCAAGCUUCUUCUCUGCUAGCCCUUAGAAUCUUCUCGGUACUAUUUGUGUAACUGCUUGAAUCAUGGCCUGAGAGCUUGACACUGUCUCUGCUGAUAUCGAUAUAAUUUGAUAUUGAUGUGGCAGAGCAUAGGGCACAAUGAAGAUAAACUCCAUGUAUUGUUUAAAGCGUCAUCACCCUUUAGAGCAGAGGACUUGUACCAGUACAGUUAAACAGCGAUUCAUUUUAAUUUUAUGUCCUUGCUGCCCCUAAAGCCACGUAAGUAUCAAGGGAACCCGCCUGGCAAUGGAGACAAUUUCCUACUGCAGUCUCGUAGUAGGAAUUGAGCUGUUUGACAGAUUUGGGGAUAUAGAGAAACUGCAAAGGGAAAUAGGUAGUGGUAGGCCUGCCCUGAAUGCAGUCACUACACUUAAUUUGAUCUGCUACAGGCAACCUCUCUUGCGGUGUCAGGAGUUCAGAUUUCCUUGGGAGGACAACAGCCACCUGAAUCACUAAUCUUGCACUACUUUUUUUUUUUAAAAUAUAAUAGUUUAGAUUUAUAAAAUAUGUACUAUGAAGUGGUACAGUGAUCUUUCUGGUGAAGAAGAGGACAAAGUCAAAAAGUGUGUAUUUGAGCUAAUUAUAUGGGUUUUGUACCAGCUGCACCAGUCAGGCUGAAGUUUCAUCCACAUCCUUUCAUAAUACAAGUUAUCGCAUUUACAAAUAACUAAAAGAUGACUGUCAAACUUCUGAGACACAAACAGAUAAAUUCAGUCCAGCAAUUAGUAAACCAAUGGAGAAAUAGAUUGCUUGAGUUGAAGACUCUAAAUACAUCUACCAAAGCAGCAUUGGUAUCUGAACUGAAAAAUGUGGUUAGUCAACCAUUGCCUGCCUUUGGAUUUGGUGGACAACAAACAUCAACCUUUGGGUCAUCAGGCUUUCCACUAAGCAGCAGCAGCAAUAGGAGUGCCAGCGGUUCUUCCUUUAAACCAAAUACUGAACUUGUUAAUGCAUCCUCUGGAAGCACCACUGCAUUUGGAAGCUCUUCUAUUGUUCCGGAUCCUUCCGCAUUGGGUGUGACCUCUUCCUCAAGAUCAGCCCCUUCCAUUGGCUUUGGUAGCCAACCAGCUUCAUCUGCAGCCUCUUUUUCAUUUAAAAAGCCUGAAACGGCAGGUGGUUUUGGAACUUCUGGAUUUUCAGGGUUUGGCAGUUCCUCUGCUGUAAACUUGUCAAGCACAACCCCACUUCCAGCCUUUGGAGCUGUUAAUGCAGCAGUUGCUGCCCCUGCCUCAGAAUCAGGCAACUCUUUAUUUGGACAGUCUGUUAGUGCCUUUGGAUAUAAUGUAGCACCAGCACCUGCUGCAGCCACAAGCAUUGUUACUUCAGAUACGCUAUUCACACCAAAGACUGAUCUAUCACCUGAGGAGUUGAAGCAGUUUGAAGCAAAGAAGUUUACGCUAGGAAAGAUUCCUCUAAAGCCACCACCAAUAGAGCUUUUAAAUGUUUGAAACUAUAACAUGUACAGUAAGCAAAUUCUGAAAUUAAACUUUUACAGAAUGUUUUUAAUUUUCUGUAAGUAGGCAACUUGACACUUUAACAAUUCAAAUAUGUAAUUUUGAGGUUUGGCACUGAACUAUAUACUUCUUGUGAGUUAAAUUUUAAUUUCCUUUCUAAGGCUGCUCCAGGAAGGUAGGAUCCCAAUUGUAAAUAUUCUUUGUUUGCUUUGGAAGAGUCUUUAAACCCAAGAAGUUUACAAUUGAAAAUAAAGUUUUUAUAGUAAAUUAACAAAAA